UAAAUUCCCUUUGAAAAUGUGAUCUUUGAAGUUUGAGUAAACUGUAAAAUACAAAUUUUAAAAUGUAUAUUGUAUUUAACUAAUUAAACUGAUUUGAAUACCCUGGUACAGUAUUAAUUAUUAACUUUUCAUACUAGCGGAAUAUUUUGAUUUUACAUAUACAAUAUCACCAUGGAAUCUUCUAUUGUAUUUGGAAUUCAUGUUGGAAACUCAACUGCUUCUAUAGCUAUUUCUAAAGAAGAAGGAAAAGUGGACGUUCUAGCAAAUGAAGCUGGAGAUCGAAUCACCCCUGCUGUAGUGUCUAUUACAGAUAAAGAAACAGUUGUUGGAAAUGCUGCAAAAACUGGGUUUAUUUCUAAACAAGCCAAUACCAUUACAUUUAAUAAUCGGUUAAUGAAUUUGGCAAUGGAUGAAGACGAAAAACAAUCUGUUAUAGAUAAUAACAAAGUUAAGACUGUUAUUGAAGGUGGUCACUUAGCUUAUGAAUUACCUUUAGAGACUAAGAAAAACGUCUAUUCACCACAAUCUAUUGAGUCAAAUAUUUAUAAAACAUUAUAUGGUAUUGCUAAAAGAGCAACACACAGUGAUGAUAAUACUAAGUGUUGUUGCGUUCUUACUGUACCAGAAUUUUUUGAUGACCCCAGUAGAGAGUCUGUUCGUAAUGCUGCAACUCAAGCUGGGUGGAAUGUACUUCAAGUAGUUAAUGCACCUAGCGUAACUCCAUUUACUUAUGGAAUCAAUGUUUCAGAACCAUUAAAUGAUACAUACGUUUUAGUAUACCGUUUGGGAGGUAUUAGCUGUGAUGCAACUAUAUUAUAUGUCAAUUCUGGUUUAGUUUCUAUCAAAGCAUCUGAACAUACAAAAAGUAUAGGAGGUUAUAAAUUAAUAGAAAUAUUAAAAUCUCACUUAAUAGAUGAUGUUAAAAGAAAACACCGAUCAGAUCCCACAGAAAAUGCUAGAGCUUUAGCUAAACUUCAAAGAGCUACUGAAGAUGCAGUGCAUUUAUUGUCAACAUUAAAAACAGCAAAUAUAUUUAUCGAAUCACUUACUGAUGGAGUUGAUUUUGCAGCAUCUGUUUCCCAAGCUAGAUUUGAAUCACUUAUUGCUCAUUUAUUACCUAGUUUUGCCCUACCUAUUGAAACUGUUUUGAAGAAAGCUAAGCUUAAAAGUGCUUCCAUUGGAAAGGUUAUUCUUUGUGGUGGUCCUCUCAAAAUACCAAAAUUAAAAUCAUACAUAGGCAGUUUAUUUCCCAAUGCUGAUAUACCAAAUGGUAUAAGCCCUGAUGAAGUACUAGCUUACGGUGCUGCAGUACAAGCUGGAUUUUUAGCUAAAUAUUGGAAUUUUCGUGAUGAUUUACCAGAACCUGUAACAGAAGUAUCAACUCUAAAUGAACCCAUAGAGAUUAAUUGUUGUGGUGAAGUUCUAAGUUUGGAUCAGAAUGAAGUUUUACCGUCUACAAAAACCAUAAAGGCUAAACAUAAUUCUGAGAUCGUAACUCUUUUGGCCAAAAUUGGGAAAGACCAACAAAAAAAUUGUGAAGCCAAUAUAAAUAUUGAACUUGAUGAAGAAAUUGAAUUUUCAUUUACUGCCAAUACAGAUCAAACAUUAGAAGUUAAAGUGCAAAACCCAAACACUCAACAUAAAGCUUCUGCUUUAUUUAUGACUGUAUAGUAAAUAAAUGUAUAAAACCAUUAUUUUUUAAUCAUUUUAAAUAAAUAAUUAAAAAUAUUUUAAAUUUUAUUUA